GCCGCCACCCCCUGGCGGCUGGGGACGGAGGCAGAGUCAAGGUGGGAGGCAGCUCCAGUCCCUCGCUGUGCCAGGGAGGCAGGAGGAGGCGUGUCCCCUCCCCGCCGCCUCUUCCCUGGCUCCGCGGAGCCGCUCUGUCUCCAGCUCGCCUCGGAGCAGACAGCGGGCGGCGGCAGCGGGGAGAGCGGAGGAGGCUGCGGAGCGGGGCUCUCCAACUUGGCGGGGCUUCCCCCUUCCUCCCUGGCCCCGCGGCGGCACCAUGCCGCCUCCGCGGGCCGCCCGCAGCAGCACCCGGGCCCGAGGAGCCCCGACGCCCGGAGCCGCGCCCAGCGGGCUGCCGGGCUCUUCCUCCGCGCCCCGCUGAAGCGGCAGCGCCCAGCUUCGGGGCUGGCCUGAGUCUCCCUCCGCCCCGGGGCGCGGGCAGCCGCUGGCUCCGAGGGGGCGCCCGCCCUCUCGCCGCGCCCAGCCCCAGGGAGCCGAACGGCAGGAGGGGCGCGGGGACCCUCCUCUGCCCGCCCGAGGGGGGCACCAGCCGGGGGCCCGGAGCCGAGGCCAGCCGCCUCCCCGCGCAAGCCAUGAACUUUGGCCGGGGCCGCUCGGUGGUGUUGAACGUGGGGGGCACCCGCUACUCCUUCUCCCGCGAGGUGCUGAAGGACUUCCCGCUGCGGCGGGUGAGCCGGCUGCACGGCUGCCUCUCGGAGCAGGACGUGCUGGAGGUGUGCGACGACUACGACCGGGAGCGCAACGAGUUCUUCUUCGACCGCCACUCGGAGGCCUUCGGCUUCAUCCUGCUGUACGUGCGGCACGGCCACCUGCGCUUCGCGCCGCACAUGUGCGAGCUCUCCUUCUACAACGAGAUGAUCUACUGGGGGCUCGAGUGCUCGCACCUGGACUACUGCUGCCAGCGCCGCCUGGACGACCGCAUGUCCGACACCUACACCUUCUACUCCGCCGACGAGCCCCCCGCCGGCGACGGCAGCGAGGACACGCGGCCCCCGGCCGAGCCCCCGCCUGCCGCCGAGGGCAGGAAGUGGCUGGAGAGGAUGAGGCGGACUUUCGAGGAGCCCACCUCGUCCGUGGCCGCCCAGAUCCUGGCCACGGUCUCCAUCCUCUUCGUCAUCGUGUCCAUGGUGGUGCUGUGCGCCAGCACCCUGCCCGAGUGGCGGGCGGCCGAGAACCGCAGCGUGGAGGAGCAGAGCAGGUACACAGCAGACUCAGUGAGGGAGCCCUCCGGGAUCAUUGAAGCUAUCUGCAUAGGCUGGUUCACUGCAGAGUGCAUUGUGAGGUUCAUCAUCUCCAAAAACAAGUGUGAGUUUGUCAAGAGACCCCUGAACAUCAUUGAUUUGCUGGCAAUCACUCCUUACUACAUUUCUGUGCUAAUGACAGUUUUCACAGGGGAAAAUUCUCAGCUCCAAAGGGCUGGAGUCACUCUGAGGGUUCUUAGGAUGAUGAGGAUUUUUUGGGUGAUUAAACUUGCUCGUCACUUCAUUGGUCUUCAAACACUUGGUCUGACUCUGAAGCGUUGUUACAGAGAGAUGGUGAUGCUUCUUGUCUUUAUUUGUGUUGCCAUGGCAAUUUUUAGUGCACUUUCACAACUCCUUGAAAAUGGGCUGGACUUGGGAACAAAGAAUAAGGAUUUUUCCAGCAUCCCUGCUGCCUGUUGGUGGGUAAUAAUCUCGAUGACCACGGUUGGUUAUGGUGACAUGUGCCCCAUCACUGUACCUGGAAGGAUUCUUGGUGGAAUUUGUGUGGUUAGUGGGAUUGUUUUACUAGCAUUGCCUAUUACUUUCAUCUAUCAUAGCUUUGUGCAAUGUUAUCACGAGGUCAAGUUCCGAUCUGCUAGGUACAGCAGAAGCCUAUCUGCUGAAUUCUUAAAUUAAUGAGUGCGCCUGCUUUUUGUAAUAGUACUUGCUAAGCUUUGGUGGAAGAGGUGAUGGUUGCUCCCUGUGUACACCCAUCUUGAUGGAUGAUCUAAGGAACAGCAUUGUCAUCAGCCUUGAAGGAUGUCAGUCACCAUUCUCAUCCGAAGGAUGACUACCUGCUUUGGGCCCUAUGGUAGGGAGUGUGGGUCAGGAUGUUGAGAUCUGAGAGGAAGAAAAUAGUAGCGUAUAGAACAACAAUGGAACUGGAAAGUUCUCAAGACCUCAUGGGGGCUGGACUUCUCUCUGCCUAUCCAGACAACUACACACACAAAUCAUGGACUUGGUACCAAGAGAGAUGAAGACCUGCGACUCGGAGUUGCAGGUACUCACCACUCCUCAUACUGAUAUCCCAGAGCCUUCCAAGGAAAAUAUAACAGAUGUCAUUCAAAUAUUUUAAAAUCUAAAGGUCCCUUGGAGGAGUAGAGACCUUGUUGACAUGAAGCCUGCUCCAGAAGAGUUGAGGGCAUUGGAGCAGAAUUGCUGCUACUUUUAAUUCCUCCAAGUCAUGCAGCAGAUGGAAUAAUCUGAUCCUACGACUGAAGGAAGAGGAAAAAAAUACAUAUAAAUACACAAGGCAGAGAGAGUCUCACAGCCCAGUUCUGAUCUCAGUUAAAGCGACAGUGAGGUCAAUGGAGUUAGUUCAGAUUUUUAUUGGAGGAACCAAGAGGAGUGUAUGUCCCUCUCUAUGUUGUGGCACAUGCUUAAUCACAACUGCCAUUUCUCUGGGAGUAAGAUCUAUAGUAGCAACUAAUGUCAUACUUUAUAAAGAUCAGAGUAAAAUUCAGUUGUUGAUAAUACGAUCAAUAUAUCAACUGGUAGCUCAAUGGGAGGCAGAUACCCAAAAUUGACUUCUGCUCAGCUAAACUCCAUCAAUGUGAAGACAUUUACCUAUAAGCCUUGAUUUCCUGCCACCCCAUUUUAUUAACCAUAAUCACCUCAUAGUGAAAUAGUAUUCCAAGAAACAUGAUAUGAGUCUGUCACUUGAGAGGUUCAAAAACUUUCUAGACAAAUAUGGAAUUAAGAUGAAUGAAGUUAGGUUUUCAUGUUUCAUACACUACAUUUCUUGUGUAGUACUGCUUAGUAGCACUAUUAAAUAUGACUUUGAAAAGCUGCCAUGGGCUGUUAAACAUUCAAACAAAUUUAGGCACAGCUAAACCAGUACUAUUUACCACCCACCAUUAAGAGGAAACACUUUUAUUAACCAGAAUCACCAGUCUGUUUGAAUUUGGUGUGCUUGCCUGAAAGUCAUUGUAAAAUGUUUACUGUGUUUGUAUUGUAGAAGCACCUUUGGAUGUUUUGUGUACAUUUGUCAGCUUAAGAAAUAGAGUGACUGGCACCUACCAACAGAAGUCUUUAGUACUGAUCACUCAAACUAAAAAUAUUAGGUGGGGUACAUAACUAGUACUUGAAGGCCAUAUGCUGAAAAAGAAAUAUGCUGCUAUUUUUGCUGCUCAAGACCUAAGAAAAGUUAUGGAUCAUGUUAAGUGGCAUGCUGUUGUUUUUAGGGGAAAGGGAUAUGUACUGAUAAAGCCACUCAAGGAGAGAAAGGAAAUUGUUUCACUACCAGAAGUUGUAAAGUAACCUGAAAGAAAAGUUGCUCUAUUGCAAUAGCCAUGAGUUUGCAUUUCCCAAAACUAGUUUUCUUAAGUUUCCUUUUCCUUUUUUCUGCAAUAGUUUCUUGAGUAUAUAUUAUUGUGUAGUGCCACAUCCACACCUUCGAAAUCUCUGUAUCUUGCAGAGAGGUGAAUAUUCCUCAGGAAGGGAGAGAAAUCACUUUUGGGGAGAGAUUCUCAGCUGGUUUAAGCUGGCCAGCUUCCAGUAACUUCAGAGGAUCUAUACCAGUCGAUACCAGCUGAGAUUCUGGGCCUUAGCGUGUAUAAUAGAGCUGAUUAGAGAAAAAAAUUCUCCACAAAAAUGAAAGUUAGUUUUUGAUAAAAGAAACUGAAUUUGACUUUCAUUUUCCAGCCAUUGAAGACUGAAACAUUUCAGCCAAAGUUAGUUUAUGUUUUGAUAAAAAAUUAACAUUAAAAAAAUGCUCUACACAAAAAUUGGCUUUGAGAAUAUGAAAAUUUUCCAUCUGUGUAAUACUGAAUUUCUAUUAUUUUCUUCUUCUACUAGUGUUGAAAAAACUAGCGCUACACAUUUAGAAACUCUUGGGUGAAAUUGGUUUCCAUGUAACUUUUUCAAGUCUACUGUGCCUUCAAUCCACAGAUUAUAUUUAAACAGAUUAAUGCCCUCUAUUUGGGAUGCAAAAUACCAUAUACAAUUUGAGCAAAGUGGGUAUAUCUCAUAGUUUUAAACAUAUACAAAUAUGAAAUAUACUUACAGUAAGUUGCAAUACUUAAUUCCAGAAAAAAAUUAAUUUGUAUUUUAUCAGUAUAUAUAGGGUCAAUUUUUUAGCUUCAUGUGCAAAAAAGCGAAGUCAGUUAUAAAUUAAUGCACACAAUGACUUUCAGGUACUGAUUUGUAUUGUACAGGCAAUUGAAUACUAGACAUUCCAAAGACAAACUAGUGUCUAGAAUAUGUCUGACAUAAGAGUACAGAAAAUAUGCUAUUUUAUAAAGGGUUUCCAAAUGUAGAUUCUUAUAGAAUACAAAGAAUAUAAUCACCUACUUAAGAUACUUAUGUAAAGGAAUGUAUGUUUAUGAAAAGUGGAGAUCAGCUUAAAUACAAACAUUUAGAUUGUUGUAGAUCAAUUUUUUAUUGCAGAAUGUGAACAAAAAUGCCUAAUGUAUUUUAAAUUUGCAUUACAGUAGAAUAAUUUUGAAUACCUAAGUGGAUAUAAAGUAAGAGUCUAGUCCAUAAAAACUUGCCCUAAAUAUAAGCUAGCUAUGGAGAGAUAUUUGCUCUUUUCUUUAUUUUAGUGUAGCAUGGUUAUUAAUGCAUUGACAAGAGGUUUCCUUUACUCUUUUUAGAAACCAAGUUGAAGUAGCCUUAUAUCAGAGGUAGCCUUAAAACAGAGAGCCUUAUAGUGAAGGGAUAGGGUAUUCUGAUUUAUUUGAUGCUUAUUGUCUUAUUUUCUAUAGAUUGAUUUUCCUAGUGAAACGUUCUAUAAAUAAAUAUUCUAUAAAUAUUGAAUUAUACAUGUGUAUAAAGAUAAGCAUUUCUUUAAACUGGUUAAGUUACUUUAUUAAAAUGCAGCUGAGCUUUCUUUUCAGUUUUAUACAAGCAUUUUGGUGUAGUUUUCUCUCCACCUAAUACAGCAUUUCAAAAACUAAGAGAGGAUAGUUGGCUAAUUCUGAACCACUCCCCCAACCUUCACACCAAAAUAAAAUUGUGUUCCUAUAUAUAAGGUGUACAGUAAAAUCUCUAGGGAUACGUUCUCAAAGAGUGUAAGACACAAAUUCGUAUAUGUAUCCUGACAAUUUAAACAAAAAUAGGGAGAACAUCUGAAUGCAGCAAAUCUAAAAAAGCAAUUUGUCAUAAUGGUACACAAAGGCUUCUGUUCAUCCAAAAUGCAGCCAGUGUAAAUGAAUAUCAAACUGGAAAUUCCAUCACUUGACACCAAAAGCUAAUUGUCAAUUAGAUGUUGGCCUCAACCCCAUGGGGUGAUGAGUGUCUGAGAGUGCUCUGCUCCCACUGAAAUCAGCAGGAGUGGAGAGUGCUCAGCAACUUGCAGAAUUGGGCCCAGAGUCUAUUUUUCUCUUACUGGCCUGCACAAAGAGACACCACCCCAAAGUUUCCAGUUAUGGAAUAUUAGUUACUAUCUCUUUGGAUAUCUGGUUGCUUCAGCUGGGAUACUUGAUGCCUCUAAAGACACACACAAGAGAAGGAAUAGUAUCAGAGGGGUAGCCGUGUUAGUCUGGAUCUGUAAAAUCAGCAAAGAAUCCUGUGGCACCUUAUAGACUAACAGACGUUUUGGAGCAUGAGCUUUCGUGGGUGAAUACCCACUUCGUCUUGUAAUCUUUGGCCAUUUAUCCUAAAAAUCAGAUUAAGAAACCAAACAAAACACCACAGAGACAAGCGAUUGCAGUCAUGGUGCCCUCUCCCAGGUGAGACCAGACCACACAAUGAUUGACUAUUUUCAACAACUUUGUCUAGAUGGGUGCAGGUUGUCUAGGGCUUGAUUAUUAAUUUUGAGGUUAAAAAAUAUCCUUAUGUCAGAGGGGCAUGUUUUGAGCCUCAUGAACAUUGCAGAGAGCCUAGCGAAUAUGAAAAUCCUCUUAUGAGAUGCAUGGCCUGACUAACAUUUAUGUAAGGGAGGAGUGGUGGAUGGGAAUUUUCGUUGUGUAAACAAUCUGUGGCUGUACCACAGACUUCAGCUGAAACCUGCCGUAUCAGGGAUAGAACUGUUGGCUUUGUGGCUCCAAAACCAGAGGCCUCUUCCACUUCAGUUAUCUUAAUUACAAACACCUUAACAGAUCUGAACUUCAGCCCAGGAGAGGGCAUAAAGCCCUGAACAUUCACACUAUACCAAUAAUUUCUUCCCACAUAAGAGGUCCAUGGUAAGCUUAUCAGUCAAGCUCUGGCUAUUUGAAAUUUGUAUUGUCUGUAUACAAAGGCCCAGAUGCUUCAGUUUCAUUCAUCUAGGUGCAGGGGUCUGUUCACAAGGAGGCAGCUGUAGGAUCAUAGCCCAAGGCUGCGCAUAAUGAAAUAGAUUGAUCAUGUUGGUUUAGAGAGAGAGAUUUUGUUUUCAUGACUUGAAAGGGAAUCUGGCUCAAAGAACCAAAAGAUACAUUGUUUUAAAAUUAAUUUUCACAUUUAGAAAUGGAUGAUGUUUGUCUACAUUUUACUGGUUCUGUUCUCUCCCUGCUGCAUAAAAAUAGUUCCUCUUUAUGUUAAUGGGAGUAAAGAGAGUAAUGAGAGCCCCAUUGAAGCUAUCGCAGUUUACACCAGCUGAGGAUCUGCCCCAGCAGGCAUGGAGGAGACAAUAAAUUGCUGUUCAUAUAAUUAAGCCUUGAAAACUAUCUAAUAUAAUGUAUGGUUUAUGAAAUAAAAUUUGGAGUAAAGAAUCUCCUUUGUGGAUGGCAUCAUGGGUUAAACUUCAAGAGGAAUAUAUUGUGCGAUUGAUAUGUAUGUUCAGUAAAAUUGUUCAUCUGCUCUGAAUCUAAAUGUUAAGGGCCAGAGAUUAAAUAUAAACUUUGAUCAAAUGAUUAAAGUGACAAUGUUGACUGCAGCUUUUUAGAAUCCUUUGUUCUCUGCAAAUUCAGUAAUUAAUAAUUUUUAUAGAACACUGAUUUUAUAUUGUUUGCAUAUGUGUAAAAAAUUCUGUAUAACAUUUGACGAGUUAAUAAAUUUUUCCUUCCUUAACCACCUGUAUACAGUAUUACGUGCAUGUGAUCUCCAAAUAAAUCUACUGGAUUCACUAGCGUAUUUCACUGUG